AUGGCGCUCGGGGGCUCCCUCGUCGGCCGCUGCAUCUUGGGCUGGUUCGCCGACAUCGUCGGCGUGUGGAAGGUGUUUGGCGCUGUGGGCCCGGUCUCGGGAAUCAUAUUGUUUGCGCUUUGGCUGCCUAUUGUAGGUACUGCGCCGGCCAUCGUCGGCCUCAUAGCGUACGGUAUGAUUUCCGGCUCGUGGUUCGCCCUUCUCCCCGCCGCCACCGCCACCAUCUCGCCCGUGCACGAGGCCGGCAUGCGCUUCGGCAUGCUCAUCUCGGCGCUGGCUGUGCCGUCGCUCGUCGGUCCGGUCAUCACGUCCGCACUCAUCGAGAAGGGCAACAACACAUUCAAGUGGGCAGCGGUUUGGGUCGGUAUAUGCUCCAUUUUGACCGGUGUGGUUGUCAACUCGGUCCCCGCCAUGACGUGGUGGCGGAAACGGAUGGCAAGCAAAGAGGAAGAGACGGACACGGAGCUGGGUGCGGUCCCUAGCAAUGUGGAGAAGUCGCGCGACGUGACGGACGAGAAGGCGCGCGACAGGUAG